AUGCAAGCAUGGAAUGGUAGUGGUACUGGUGCUUGGUAUCGUGUUGAUACAUCAUGCUUAUAUUCUUUUUCAUUCACCACAUUAUUACAAUGUUUGCCAACUAUUGUCAUACCUGCUAAUGUGACAUUAGUGACCGAUGGUUUUUUCAUUAGUCUUGGAAUCUUUAAUCGUUUGAAUGGUAUUGGCCUAGAUAUUGGUCUGACAUACGAACCUCGAACAAGUAAAUGGUGGUCCUACGCUAAUGAUGUUCGAGGGUGGAAAUCUGGAAGUAUUUCGAUAGAUUCUUCAGUAAAUCGAUGUAUCAACAUAUCCCUGUCAAUAUCUGAUGGCUACGUUAAAUAUCUUGUUCGAACAAACAAUGGUUCAAUAGUAUUAGGUCAAGAUUUAUAUCUGGCAUCACAACUUGAUCCACAGUUGAAUCUGACUGUUAAUAGUUCAAACUUUGGUUUUUAUCGUUUCGAUAGUAUUGCUCAAACAAAGGAAACAUUGAAGAGUGGAUCAUGUAUGAUUCACGCACAACUGAUCGAAUGGUUUCUGGAAUUAGAUUCUCAAGUUUUUGUUCCAGCUAGAGGCGAUUAUAUGGCCUCGAAUAUUCGAGGUUAUCCUCCGGGUCCAUGUUGUACACAAAAUGAAAUCAAUACGAUACUUGUACAUAAUGAAACUGAAUGGAAUCAAGCUGAUAUUACAAUUUCUUAUCUCUGA